AUGGCGCGGCGAGGCGCGGGGGCCGACGGCUGCCUGAUGAAUCGAAUAUGGGGAAACAGUCGUUGGCAUCUCGGAACCAGAGCUCCUGGACGGCCGGUGAGAGUGUCUUGUGUGCCUGAUCUGCUGGCUCAUGUGGCGAUUGACGUGUCUGCCGACAAAGAUUUGAGAAACAAGGUGGCAUGGAAUCCUUCGCAGAGCCGGACUCCACGAGUCAUCCCCUCGUUUCCGCAGGCUUCGGAGCCCGCGAUUUACCUCACGAACGAUUGUGACGAUCCCGCCGUUCUGUUUCGUCGCCGUUUAGAUUUGGCGUGGCCGGCAACUCCGGGGCGGAUACCGGAUGCGGACAUGGACGGUCGACGGGGGUUCGAAAGGCGGGCCAGUCCAGUCCAGCAAGCCACAAGGCGUGUGCAGCAGUCUUGCGAGUUAAUCAGCAGUGCCCAGAAUGCCGUGGAAGAGGACAGCGCUUAG